AUGGAACCACCACCGAAAUUUCCCGGCGAACCACUGUAUAGAGCAGUUCAGAACUGGUUUCGAGCACGAACGCGUCAGGAACUUAUAGCCAUGGGAGCAGGAGCUGUUGUUGCAACUUUUGGCGCCGUCGUCAUCGUUUCCAAAUAUCGUGAGAGGCGGAGGCGAAGAAUGCUAGAAGAUCAUGUUUCUUGGAGUAGUACAGUUACAGUAACUCCUAGCACCUCUGCCGAUUUUGAUAUGUCCAAGUCUACAGGAACAAGACCUUCCGAAUCCUACGAUUCCAUGAAGUCAGAAGAAGUCAGAAAGAAAGACAUGGUAAAGGCACCAAUGCCUGCUCCACGCGCUGCACCUCUUCCUCCAGCUGUUCCGCUGCCACCUAUGCCACCUCCACCUCAUGACGUACCACCUGAACCUAUUCCACCACCUGCUCGUGCCAUUCCACUACCACGUGCUCCUCCAACACGUGCGAGAGAGAAGUCUCCAGAAGCUAAGGCAGACUUUGCUUCGAGAGUUUUAAAGGUGAAAGGAGGAGAGUCGACCCCGUCAUCCAGUCAACUUCUCCUUCCGAAGGAGUCAUCCCCUCAUGCCAAUGUGUUGAAGUCUCCCAUCAAUAAACCUGUUAAGGUUGUGACGGGCACUGCUCCCAGAAAUGCUAUUAUACCUGAGGAAAAGGAGAAGAAGGAAAGAGUUCAGGUGGAUAGGAAUUCCAUAACAAUGCCAGUUAAGACUGCCAUACCGGAGCCGCCAAAGAGGAAAAUCUCGAGCGUGCUGGGAGGAGUGCCAAGCAAGGAAGGCCUUAAAACGGCCAAGACUUCGAGCAGUCUUAUCAAGAGUAAGAGCAGGCCUGGAGCUAGACUACCAACGAAACAAGCAUCGAAGCCCAAAAUAUCUCCGAUCGAUAAGAAAUCAAAAACCGACACACCUAAGAAAGGUUCGAAGCAAAAAUGA